UUGCCCAGGGUUGAGGACGGAAGGAAGUGACUCCGUAGAGGAAGUGAGGAGCGAAGACUCAAAGCGGAAGUUCUUCGUCGGGGCAGAGGCGAGAGCGCCUUUUACCGUAUCCCUCCGGCCUUCCUUCUCCGGCUCCGAGGCCAUGGCGAACCGGACCGUGAAGGACGCGCACAGCAUCCACGGCACGAACCCGCAAUACCUGGUGGAGAAGAUUAUCCGCACCCGCAUCUACGAGUCCAAGUACUGGAAGGAAGAGUGCUUCGGCCUCACAGCUGAACUGGUUGUAGACAAAGCUAUGGAGCUGCGAUACACUGGUGGAGUUUAUGGUGGAAACAUCAAGCCCACACCAUUCUUGUGUUUGACUUUGAAAAUGCUGCAGAUACAGCCUGAAAAGGAUAUAAUUGUUGAAUUUAUAAAAAAUGAAGAUUUCAAGUACGUGAGGUUGCUGGGAGCAUUGUAUAUGAGAUUAACUGGCACUGCUAUAGACUGCUACAAAUACCUUGAACCCCUGUACAAUGAUUAUCGAAAAAUAAAAAGCCAAAAUAGAAAUGGAGAGUUUGAGCUAAUGCACGUUGAUGAGUUUAUUGAUCAACUGCUUCAUGAUGAGCGCAUGUGUGAUAUCAUUUUACCUAGACUACAGAAACGAUACGUCCUAGAAGAAGCUGAACAACUGGAAACACGCAUUAGUGCUUUGGAAGAGGAUAUGGAUGAUGUGGAGUCUAGUGAAGAUGAGGAAGAGGAGGAUGAAAAGCUGGAGAGAGCUCCCUCACCUGAUCACAGGCGAAGAGGCUACAGAGAUCUAGACAAGCCCCGCAGAUCUCCAACUAUGCGUUAUAGGAGAAGCCGAAGUAGAUCUCCUAGAAGGCGAAGCCGUUCUCCCAAGAGGAGAAGUCCGUCACCACGCCGAGAAAGACAUCGCAGCAAGAGCCCAAGACGGCAUAGAAGUAGAUCCAGAGAAAGACGCCACAGAUCAAGAUCUAAAUCACCAGCAGGGCAUCACCGUAGCCACAGACAUCGCAGCCAUUCCAAGUCCCCAGAAAGAUCUAAGAAGAGUCAUAAAAAGAGUCGUCGAGGAAAUGAGUAACAUUAUGUACUUCAUGAAUCUCAGCCACUUUUUUGUAGAUGAAAGACGGCAGGACCAGUAGAAGUUGCUUUGGUAGAAAGUUGUUUUAGUAUUGCUAGGGUUUGUGUGUGUGUUUUUUUAAAAAAAAGAAAAUAUGGUGUUAUUCAGUAUUUUGUUAAAGGGGAAUUUUUUCAAUCUAUGUUCUGGUCAUAUCUAGAGCUUGGAAAUGCUAGAAAACCCAGCCAGGAAGGCUACUGGUCAUAAUGACUUAGGCAUUCUAGAAAUUAUAGACCAGCAAGAUAUGAUUUCUAGACUCCUCUCCCAAGGGAAACUUAUGCUAGAAGAUAUGAAGUUUAAAUUAUUUUGAAAGCAAGUGCAUACUUGUUAUAAUAGCAAGACAAGACACUUUAAAUUCAUUGCCAGAACUAUUAGUGAAGCCUUGUCUAUUUGGACUUUGUAAAAAACUGAUGCGAUUUGUAUGUAAUUCCUGAUUUUAACAGAUCCAACAAGCUGUCAGAGGCUAAUUCUAUAGCAAGUUAUUUUUAUGUGUGCCACAAAAAUACUACUGUGAUUUAUUAAAAAUGUUUGAUAAACAA